GACACUGCUUCUUUCCUCACGGCACAAAUAUAUACUCUCACACUCACCCUCUCUGUAAGGAAAACCGACGUUGGGGGUUUAGGGUUCUUGCGUGGAAUCGAAGAUGUCUCAGUCCGGAAAGUUGACGCCGAAUCUCGAUCAACAGAGCACUAAGAUGCUCAAUCUCACCGUGCUUCAGCGAAUCGAUUCCUUCAUCGAGGAGAUUUUGCUGACUGCUGCGCAUGUCACGUUCUACGACUUCAACAUCGCCAGCCAGCAAUGGAGUCGCAAGGAUGUGGAAGGAUCUCUGUUUGUGGUUAAGAGGAAUGCUCAACCUCGGUUCCAGUUCAUUGUAAUGAAUCGGCGUAACACAGAUAAUCUAGUGGAGAAUCUACUUGGUGAUUUUGAAUAUGAAGUUCAGAAACCAUACCUGUUGUAUCGUAAUGCUUCUCAAGAAGUUAAUGGCAUUUGGUUUUACAAUCCAAAGGAAUGCGAGGAUGUUGCUAAUCUGUUUAGUAGGAUACUUAACACAUACUCCAAGGUUCCCUCAAAGCCAAAAGUACCUUCAAGCAAAAGUGGGUUUGAGGAACUUGAAGCAGUUCCUAGCAUCUCGGGGAUAGAAGACCAGUUGGAGCCAUCAUCAACUACUUCAACUGCCGCUGAUGCUUCUGAAGAUUCAUUCCUUGCUAAUUUUUUUGGUGCAGCACCAGGUCAUGGAACUACUGUUCCAAAUGUAACAAAUUUGAGACAGCCCUAUCAUUCUUCUUCAACCAUACCACUUGUGUCCCAUUCACGAAGUCUUGUCUCCUCACAUGCCCCUGUUCCACUUGCCCCAUCCCUUUCACUUUCGAUUUCACAUGCUCCAACUAGUCUUCAGGAAACUUCUGAUCCCAUAAGCAGUAAUAAUCCAAUACCUAAUCUCGUGAAGCCCUCCUCAUUUCUUGCACCACCCUCAUUGGCAUCCUCACUUGUAAUGCCACCUUUCUCUUCAUCAGGUCCAAAUACUGGUUUUCAUCCACCUCUAACUUUGCAUCGUCAACAUAGUACCCCAGUGCCUCAGCCUUUUCCACCGCCAACUCCACCUCAGUCUCUUACUCCUAUCAGUUCAUCUAUGAAUCAUGGAACUCUAAUUAGCAGAGACAAAGUUCAAAAUGCACUUUUGUUACUUGUUCAGGAUGAUCAUUUCAUUGACAUGUUCUGCCAGGCAUUGCAGAAGGUGUAAAUUCUUGAGCCACUUUAAAGCAGCAACAGACUUAGGCAGAUUCUGUAGAGAACUGAAUGCUUGUAAAAAAAAAAAGGGAGAAAAGAAAACGAAAGAAAGAAAGAAAGAAAAAAAAGAACAAGCUUUUGUAUAUCUCAUGUGCUGCUAUCUCACAAAUAAUUGCAAAACAAGACCUUUCUGUCCUAUACUCAUCUGGUUCGAGAAAGUUGCUGCCUUCAGCUUCACUUGUCGCUUGGAAGCAUCAGAAGUUUGGCUUAAUAACUGAGUCUGUUUCCAAUGUGUGUAAUAGUAGUGGUAGCGAUGUCUUUUCCUUAUGUUUGACUGUUCAAGUUGUAUGAUGCCAGUAUCACAGAUUGUUUAGGAUUAUGCUAGUAUCAUCCUAGUACUAACUAAUCUAGUAAGACAUUAUGACAUAAAUAGAGAAGUUAGCUUUUGGAGGAAUUGGAGUUUUUCUGUGUCUUAUUUAGGGAUAUUGAGGCAGUCAUGAUCCGGAAAUGGUUGGAUUCGUUUAUGUUUUCCCUUACAGAACACUCCUGCACAUGCUUGCUCGCACAUGCAACCAGCCAGCCAGUCGGUAUACAAACAAGCAUGUAGAUGUGCGCCCUGGCACGCCUAAAUGGGCAUCCU